UGCUGUGUCUGACCUGCGGGUAAGAGGCCACCGAACUGAGCAACAACAACAACAACAACAACAAAUUACAUAACUGCAGAGAUGUUGACGAGCACAAGAAUGAAAGAAAGUUCUGCCAGUUUUCGUUCUUUGGAAAAAGAUUUUAUCUUUAAUUUUAAGGCAGGACAGCAAUCAUGUAUAUUAACUGCGCCCCUGAGGAUCCCUAUGAAAGGGAGUAUGAGUGAUUUACAUGGACGGCUUAUGCUCCUACACAAUCUUCCAUGUUUUGUUGAGAAUGAUUUAAAAAAUGCCCUUGACCAGUUUAUAGAGGAAGAAACCAAUAAAAGUUAUGACCAGCAAGCUGAAACGGCCUUAGACAAAUUUAUAAAUUGUGACAUGGGUGUAGAACAGCUAACUGAUGCCUGGGCUAAAGCUUAUCAUGAGACCACAUUGGAACAUGCAAGGCCCGAAGAGCCGAGUUGGGAUGAAGACUUUGCAGAUGUUUAUCAUGAGCUGAUUCAUUCUCCAGCUUCUGAGACUCUGCUCAAUUUGGAACACAAUUACUUUGUAAGAGUUUCAGAACUUAUUAGUGAAAGGGAUAUAGAACUAAAGAAGUUGCAGGAAAGACAAUCUGUGGAAAUGGAUAAAGUGAUGCAAGAACUAGGAAAUAGCCUUACAGAUCAGGACGUAAACUUAGUUGCUGCCGAGCAUUUCAAAUCGCAGCAGGUUUUGGAAAAUAAAUGGGCCAAUGAACUUAAGCAAUUAAUGGCUAUCCAGAAACAAGAAUACCAAGAAUGGGUAAUAAAACUGCAUCAAGAUAUGCAAAAUCCUAACAACAGUUCAGUCAGUGAGGAAAUCAAAGUUAAACAAAGUAAAUCAAAUGUACCAAAUGAACGAGUAUUUGAAGAACAAAGUCUGUUGGAAGAAAGCUUUACGAUACAUUUAGGAGCUCAAUUAAAGACAAUGCACAACUUGCGAUUGGUGAGAGCAGAUAUCCUUGAUUUUUGCAAGCACAAACAAAAUCAUCGAAGUGGAGUUAAACUUCAGAGACUCCAGACAGCACUGUCAUUGUACUCCACCUCGCUCUGUGGGCUUGUCUUGCUCGUUGAUAACCGCAUCAAUUCUUAUAGUGGCAUCAAACGAGAUUUUGCAACAGUUAGCCACGAGUGUACAGACUUCCAUUUCCCUCGGGUUGAACAGCAGCUCGAGAUUGUUCAACAAGUUGUACUGUUUGCAAGUGCGCAACGUAACAAGAAGGCAAAAGAAAAAGCUGAACUACUAAAUGGAAAUGGAGGUAAUGAAGAUAAGUCUAAGAAUGCUGAAAGAAAUCCAUCAAAUAUUUUGCCAGGAGAAUUUUACAUUUCACGACAUUCCAAUCUCUCUGAAGUCCAUGUCGUCUUUCAUCUGUGUGUAGAUGAUAACUUGAGAUCGAACAACAUUAAUGCUCGUGAUCCAGCAAUUAUGGGCCUAAGGAAUAUCCUGAAAGUCUGUUGCACUCAUGACAUCACUACAAUAACUAUUCCUCUUUUGUUGGUGCACGACAUGUCUGAGGAGAUGACCAUACCUUGGUGUUUGAAAAGAGCAGAGCUGGUGUUCAAGUGUGUAAAAGGUUUUAUGAUGGAAAUGGCAUCCUGGGAUGGAGGAACGUCUCGCACAGUACAGUUCCUUGUACCUCAGAGUAUCUCUGAGGAAAUGUUCUACCAGUUGAGCAACAUGCUACCUCAGAUUUUUCGAGUGUCGUCUACCCUGACUCUGACCUCCAAAACUCCGAUCAAGAACAACAGUCACUGAGAUAUGUCAAGUACACUCAAGCCAAGUUGGAAGGAAGCAGGAAGUGAAUGAAGAAUAAAAUGUGUUAAGAAAUCAGGCUAAUGGGAUGCUGCAAUGGAAAUAAAGGAUCUUUUCUAAAACCUUAGUGUACAUCUAAACAAAUACUUGGAUUUAUUAUGGUUGCAGUAAGUUGUAACAGAAUCAUAAUACUUGCAUUUUUUACAACACCGGUUAUAUACCAUAAAUAUUCAAAUUCACAGCUGUAAUUCUUAAUACAAGUGUCAUUUUAAUUUUUUUCUUAAAAGUUUCAAACAAA